AUCAAAAUCAUAAAAGUACUAUAAAAUAUUUGUAUGAAUUGUAAUAGCUUAAAAAUAAAGCUUAAUAAAAAGAGAAUUAGUAAUUAGAAUGAAGAUGUAAACAGAUGCCACGCCUUUUUAUCGCAGACGAACAGUAAACUGUGUUGAAAGAUAUAUUAUUAUUUGAACUAAAUAUGUAUUCGUAUUUGUUUAGAACAAUAUAUCUGUAUUUACUAUUAUUAUUCAUAAUAGUAGGAACUGAAGCCAUUCGCUGUUAUCAAUGUAGUAGUGACACUGAUCCUAAAGGGGAAGAUUUAUGUGGAGCAUAUACAAAAUUUGAUAAAGAAAAAAAUAUUGCUGUAGAUUGCAAUAGUGAAGAAUCAAAUAUGCCCGGUACAUUUUGUGUUAAAAUAACACAUCAAAGUCCUCGUGGUUUUAUUUGGAACGGUAGAUGGCGCCAGGUGAUCCGUCGAUGUGCUUCAGUAUCUAGUACCGGAGUUACAGGUGUUUGUAACUGGGGAGUUUAUGAAAAUGGAGUGUAUUGGGAAGAAUGUUCUUGUUCGGAAAAUUCUUGUAACGGAGCAUCAACAUUAUCAUCAUUUUCAAUAAUCAUUUUAUUGAUCUUUGGUAUUUCAAUUACCAUAUUUUUCUUAUGAAAAUAGAGAAUAUAAGAAUAUAAAAUAUAUCGAAGAUAAUCUAUAUAUUCUCGCAAAUAUUUAAUUAUUUAAAUAUUUUUUAAUAUAUUUUUGACUUCAAAAAAUAUUUAAAUAAUUAAAUAAUAUUAAAAUAAUUAUGUUUAACUUUAAUAAUAUAUUUACUUUAGAAUGAAAAGAUAAUUUC